AUGCAGCUUUCCACCAUUCUCUCUAUUACCCUCAUCGCCAUAGGCGUCGCAGCCCAAAAGGUCGGCCCCAACGGCAAGCGCAUCUGCGUCGGCGGCGCCAUCUCGUGCCAGUACCAGAAGGGCCGCUGCGCCAACAUCUGCGGCGACUCCUUCGUCAACGGGCAGGGAACCCCCGCCUUCAUCGACCCCAACUGCUCGUGCCCCGAGGGACAGGCCGAUAACCUGUACACCGGUGCUGCCUGCAUCGACGUUGUUCGCGCUCUUGGCCGCCAGGGCUGCUAA